CCCAUCCUCCCAUCUCUCACUCCAUUUCAUCCAUCCAGGGUGACGCCAGUCACCCCGCCCCGUUCAACUCAGUCCACCGCGUUCAUUUCAUUCCUGCUCCCAUUCCGCGCAUAUUUCGCAUCCUUGGAGAGAGCGGGGUAUUUUACUCACUCAGCGCGUCCUGUCCUCCAUCAAAAACCAAAGCCGAGUGGACACUCUCCAGUUGCCGGAAGACUUCCACAUGUCACGAGGGCUCAUGUGGGCGCCAAAGUGUGGGAAUUAAGCGAGAAAGAAGCGAAUGAAUCGAGGGUUCCUGACAACUGCCUUGGGAUUUCUGUCCAACCUUUUCUACGUUUUACCAACCAUUUUUUUUGGUAAUAUUUAGCAUUUUUUGGCCUACCAGAAAGCAAACUAGUUGUGUGUUGAUCACACACACGUCGUCAACUUUUAGCUGCAAGUAUGGAGCGUAGCAGCUGGAGCGGCAGUGAGAGUCCUGGGGAGGACAUGGACAGAUUGAGUGACUCUGGAGGAGACAAGACCAUGGAAGGGGACCCCGAAGGGGUGUGGAGCCCUGACAUCGAGCAGAGCUUCCAAGAAGCCCUUGCCAUCUACCCACCCUGUGGAAGAAGGAAGAUUAUAUUGUCGGACGAAGGGAAGAUGUACGGUCGAAAUGAGUUGAUAGCCAGAUACAUCAAACUCCGCACAGGAAAAACACGGACAAGAAAACAGGUAUCCAGUCAUAUCCAAGUCUUAGCCAGAAGAAAAUCAAGGGAGUUUCAGUCCAAGAUAAAGGAUCAUAAUGCCAAGGAGAAAGCUUUGCAGAGCAUUUCGUCCAUGUCCUCUUCUCAGAUUGUCUCAGCCACUGCUAUACACAGCAAACUGCUGCCUGGAAUAGUGCGGGCCAACUUUCCUGGUAACACACAGCUUUGGCAAGGGAUGAUCCCCGGAGGACAGUCCAGCUCCGCCUCAGAAGACAUCAAGCCAUUCUCGCAGCAAGCCUACUCGGUGCAGACAGCAGGGACCACCACAAUCACAGGCUAUGAGCGUCCUCCAGCCGCCCAGUCCCACCGAGAGCCAGCAUGGCAGGGCCGCUCCAUCGGCACCACCAAACUACGACUGGUGGAGUUCUCAUCUUUCCUGGAAACACAAAGGGACCAAGAGGCGUACAACAAGCACCUGUUUGUGCACAUCAGUCAGAGCAAUCCGAGCUACAGCGACCCCCUGCUGGAGUGUGUGGACAUCAGGCAGAUCUACGACAAGUUCCCAGAGAAGAAGGGUGGCCUCAAAGAGCUCUUUGGAAAGGGGCCUCAAAAUGCUUUCUAUCUCAUCAAGUUCUGGGCGGAUCUAAAUUACAACAUACAGGAAGACCCAGCUGCUUUCUACGGGGUCACCAGUCAGUAUGAGAGCUCAGAGAACAUGACCAUCACCUGCUCUACCAAGGUGUGCUCCUUUGGCAAGCAGGUCGUCGAGAAGGUGGAGACGGAGUAUGCCAGGUUUGAAAAUGGACGUUUUGUGUACAGAAUCAGUCGUUCUCCGAUGUGUGAAUACAUGAUCAACUUCAUCCACAAGCUGAAGCACCUGCCAGAGAAAUACAUGAUGAACAGCGUCCUAGAGAACUUCACUAUUCUGCUGGUGGUGAGCAACAGAGACACUCAGGAGACCUUGCUGUGCAUGGCCUGCGUGUUUGAGGUGUCAAACAAUGAGCACGGAGCACAGCACCACAUCUAUCGUCUUAUCAAGGAAUAACACACACACACAUACACACACAUAUACACAUAAUUAUGGCCUUUUUUUGAAAUGUCUAGAAAAGUGUCUUUCAACCAAACAACAUGAGGAAGAAAACAGCACGGUCACAACUAUGGCACUGAUGUUUUUUUUUUAAAUUCAUACUUCAUAUAAGACCUCCAAAACACCAAAAAAGAAAAACAAAAUGUUGACACCUGAUGUCACCUUUCAUUUAAUUCUUAUUUGCAGCUCUGAUGUUUUUUUUUUGUGUUGCAUUGCUAUUUGAACUCAAAACAAAGUCAAAUUCAUAUUCACACUAAAGGUCAGACCCUGUGUAUCAUCAACAAGCAGAGAAACACUGGAUUAAGUACUUAGCAGUACAAUACAGAAGUGGUCUUGUACUUGUAUCUUCAUAGCAAUGCUUUCAUUGUAUGAGUGGUAGUCUUGCGCACAAAAAAACUUGUCUCCCAAAGAAAAUAAUCUUUUUUUUUUUUUUUUUAACAUUUUUGUACAAUUCAAGAAUUUAAAAAAAUAUCUCUACAUUUUGGAAAAAAAAUAAAAAAUACUAUUAAUAACAUAUAUUCUCUAUUUUAAUUCCAGGAACACAAUCUAAAAUGUAUGUUAAUAAGAAGUUAUACGCAAAAAGUACAAAUAUUUCAGGUACAUUUAUGUGCAACAAUGUUCAUUUUGAUGUAUGUGAAAGCACUGUGAAUUGUAUAAACGGAACCAUAGUGCAAAAUAAAAAGGGGAGAACUCUAAGAAAUGAAGUUUCCUUUAGUUGACAGUCUGUGUUUUGUGUUUCCGACUUGUUGAGCGGAACACAUUGAAAAAGGCGAAAUACAGUACUUUUUCUUUUCGGUUACCCAUUAUCAAUGAAGUAAAUACCAAAAAAAAAUAAAAAUAAUAAUAAUAACGUUGUGCACUGUAGCAGGUGACGUUCUCUGGUUUGUCCGUGUCAUGCUUGGCAGCAUGAAGUGCCUUUGUCUGGAAACAACAAGUGUCUUCUCUCUUUUACUCAAAUCCCCCACCUGUCAAAUUCACCAUCUUAUUUGUCAAUGUUUGAAAAUGAUAAUUGCACACGUUCCGAUACUGGACUAAUGUUUAACGUUUAAUGUCUUGUUGUAAUUUGUUGUAUUUUUUUUAAUUGGUUCCCACAGAAUGUAAAUGAAAAGUUGAGUCAUUUGGCAUGUGUUUGAGUCUGUGUACUACACGUAUGUGGGACUAAACCUCAUUGAAAACAAUGCACAUCAUUGUUCUAACUAAUGUGUUGUUGACCCCUAACAUUAACUAAUAACUUGUGAGUUAUUACAGAUAUAAAUACUGUAAUACAUUUUCACUAUUACAUGAUUUGUAAAGGGAUCUCAUCCUUAUCUAAGGUGAAAAGAUGUGUUUUAAUUAGGGAUGUCCGAUAAUUAUUAGCAUAAAGUCAGCAUAAUGUGAUAAAUGUGAUAUCAGAUCAAAUUUUUUUCAAAUCAUCCAUCCAUUUUCUAUACCGCUUAUCCUCACGAGGUUCGUAGGCAUGCUGGAGCCUAUCCCAGCCGUCUUCAGGCAGGAGGCGGGGUACACCCUGGACUGGUGGCCAGCCAAUC